CAAAACACCACUUUAAAAGGAUCAACGGUCUUCAAGCUGCCACGUGUCUUACUAUUAUAAAUUCGCGCUUUUAGACAUAGUUCUCUUCUUCUCACGCCGCAGACUCUUUCUCCUCUCCUCAGUCCUUCCGGCUAAUCUGACAGAUUCAGAUAGAGAUUUGACCUGUGUAUGGGGGGAGGUAGAAUAUCAACUUCAGCAUCAUUUUGAUUAGGAUCCACUUCUGACGUGAACAUGUUCAAGCAACUCUUGCCCGGUAAACUUGGAUUAAACGGUCUCGCAAAGCAUUGUAAAGUGUCCCGUUUCGCUUUCCUGCAUUCUUCGGCAAAUGUGAGAGUGGAAGUUCAUUCUCAGGAGCAAGAAGUAGUGAUCGCUUUAGGUAGCAAUGUGGGUGACAGGCUGCAUAAUUUUGACGAAGCCUUGCGCUUAAUGAGAAGAUCGGGCAUAGAUGUUGUAAGACAUGGUUGUUUGUAUGAAACAGCGCCAGCCUAUGUGACUGAUCAACCACACUUUCUCAAUUCUGCUAUUAGAGCUUUUACUAAGCUUGGACCUCAUGAGCUAUUGGGAGCACUUAAGAAAAUUGAAAAGGACAUGGGUCGUACUGAUGGUAUAAGGUAUGGACCAAGGCCAAUUGAUUUAGACGUAUUGUUCUAUGGAAAGUUUAGGGUCAGUUCUGAUAUUCUUACCAUCCCACAUGAAAGAAUUUGGGAAAGGCCAUUUGUAAUAGCCCCAGUGAUGGAUUUACUGGGAUCAGCUGUUGAGAACGAUACAGUUGCUUGCUGGCAUUCUUUCGCUUCUCAUGCUAAUGAUCUUUUUGAAACCUGGAAGAAAUUGGGUGGCAAUUCUCUAAUUGGGAAAGAAGGUAUGAAGAGGGUUUUGCCCAUUAAUAAUGUUUUGUGGGACUGGUCUCAGAAAACCUCAGUCAUGGGUAUCCUUAAUCUAACGCCAGAUAGUUUUAGUGAUGGAGGAAAGUUUCAAUCUAUCGAGAAUGCAGUGUCUCAAGUCCGCUUGAUGAUUUCUGAAGGUGCAGAUAUGAUUGACAUUGGUGCACAAUCUACGCGCCCAAUGGCUGCUCUGAUUUCACCUGAAGAAGAAACGGCCAGACUAAUCCCUGUUUUAGAAGCCAUUCUUGAAAUGCCUGAAGUAGAAGGAAAACUUGUCUCUGUUGAUACUUUCUACUCAGAAGUUGCUUCAGAAGCGGUUGGAAAAGGGGCUCAUAUUGUCAACGAUGUAUCUUCCGGGCAGAUAGAUUCCGACAUGUUUAAGGUUGUUGCAGAACUUCAGGUUCCUUAUAUUGCAAUGCACAUGAGGGGGAACCCAUCAACUAUGCAGAAUAGAGAAAACUUGCAAUAUGAUAAUGUUUGUAACCAGGUUGCCUCUGAGCUGUACUUAAGACUGAGAGAUGCUGAAGUAUCUGGUAUCCCAGCUUGGAGGAUAAUAAUUGACCCUGGCAUUGGAUUCUCAAAGAAUACUGAACAAAAUUUGGAUAUUCUUGUAGAGCUGGCAAACAUCCGAACAGAGAUUGCAAACAAAAGUUUGGCUUUGUCUCAUGCACCUAUACUUAUAGGACCUUCUAGGAAGAAAUUUUUAGGCGAAAUAUGCGCUCACCCUGCUGCAGUUGACCGAGAUCCUGCCACUGUUGCUUCUGUCACUGCUGGAGUUUUGGCUGGUGCUAACAUUGUGAGAGUGCAUAACGUGAAAGAUAAUCUAGAUGCUGUAAAGUUAAGUGAUGCCAUGUUGAGACGGAAAAAACCAGUUGUGUAAGAUAAUGAGAAGAAAAUGUGCAAUUUUUUCUUAUGCAAAAAACAUGCUUCUUAUUCUCCACAUUUUUUCCAGAACAGAUUUGGGGGAGGAUGCUGCACUCCUUAAUUAUAAUGGUCUGCAUUUCUGAAUUAUAAUGGUGACGGCCUGUGUUAUUGGACUGAGAUGUCAAGUUCUGUGUAUUUUUCUAUUUACUGGGAGAAAGUGUCAAAUUCGCACUUUCAACAAAUUUUCUUCACAUUUCAUAUGGUAAACAUGUGUAUGCAAGUCCACCUACGUAAUAAGUUAAGAGCACUCACAAUGUCCUGUAAAAUCAACAAAUCUUCAAUUUUUUAAAGAAAUGGUCAAAAAAUGUACUCCAAUAGUUGCUGUAUUAUGUAUAAAUUAUUUACCUUUGCUACAGGACCAAGCUAUAUUUAUAAAAUACUGUUGAUAUUUUAAAUUAUUUUUUUUAUUAAUUUCUCA